GUUCAUAUGUCAGCAGACUACGCUCCUUCUCUUCUCUGUCUCACGCCUUCUCUCAAAAUUUCACUCAGAAAAAGGAAAAGGGAAACGCAGAAGCAAACUUCUUCCCCAAACCUGUUCGUUUUCUUUUUCGUUUGCGGUGAUAAGCGAUGUUCACUGAAGGGCUUGAUGAGAACGCUAUCAACUGGAUCAAGAAGGGUUCAGAUGUUGAACAGUGUCAGAUUAGAUCACCAUUGACUGAGAAUUACCCCAAAUACUCUCUUCCUCGAUCGCCAUUAGGGAGUACAUACACAUCCUCACAUGUUCUGCCUCCAUUAAAAUUCCAUUCUGGUUUACUUAAACCUCUCAACACUGUCACCCUAAGUGUUGAGAGCAACGAAAAUGAGUCCGAAUCCGAUGAUGGCACUCAUGUUGGUGGGGUUGAGAGCGAGAGUGUGGGAUCAGCGUCGGAUGAGAUAAGUAGGAACAACUCCGACGAGGAUGAUGAUGAGGAUGAAGAUAUGGUGGUGGAUAGGCCUGCAACGAAGGGUUAUGAAGAAGAAAUGUUUUAUCAUAAUUCAAGACCAAAAGUUAUUGAAAGAAAGUAUGAAUCUACCAUAAAUAGGGGGCCAUUGAAAGCUGACCUCCGGGUUGAAGUUCCCGGGAGUUUAAGAAGGUUUAGAGGAGGAGGUGAGUGGAGCUCAAGAGGAUUCGGGCCUAGCAGUGCAGUUUCGGGUGGAAGCUGCCGGUUGUAUGAGAAAAAUCAACCUCACAGUGCUUAUGGCACUCCAGCUGGUGUACUUAGUGAAGCCGACCUUGAAACUCCCAGUGCACCGCCUUUCAUGGAUAUGGGAAAUGCACCAGAUGACUCAGAGGGAAGAAGUGGGAGAAACAUUGACAUUCGAUACAAAGAACCAGAUCAAGGUUUUUCUUGUGAAAAGGCUUUACCGGGGCAAAGUGAAAAAUCUUCAAAAGCUGAAACAGAAGUGCCCGCGAGGGAUGCUGAAGAAACACUUGAGGAAAGCGAAUAUAUUGCGCCGCCUGUCAGCCAUGGAAAUUCACUCAGCCAUGUGCCCUAUUACAAUGCCAGCGGUCAAAAUGCAUGGCAAGCACUUGUGGCUUAUGAUGCUUGCAUUCGUUUGUGUCUAAAUUCGUGGGCACGAGGCUGUGCAGAAGCUCCAGAAUUUCUGCAAGAUGAGUGCUUGCUCCUUCGCAAUGCUUUUGGAUUGCACAAACUCUUACUCCAACCUCGAGGUGAACAAGUUCAAGGGGACAACAAGAACAUGGAACAACAGUCGAUGACCUCAAAAGUGAAAAGGAAUGUUGGGAAGAUUAGAGUGGAAGUGAAAAAACUUCGCAUCAUACCACGGCGAAAGCUCAAGGACACAAACUCAAUGAGAGGUGCAAUUUACCUGCAGGCUGGGGCUGAGUAUGUCCGACAUGUUUCAUCAAUUGUGAAACACAGGAUCACUUCUCUAAAGCGGCACUCAUUUUUGUUGCCUUGUGAAGAAUCACUAUCGUGCAUGAUUCACCUGAAAAGUUUGGCUGAAGAUAAUGAAAUGGAAGCAAGUUCUGCCAUCUCACUUAGACCUGGAACUUCUGAAUAUCAUGACUUUUUCCCGGAGAGCCAAGGAGAUGCUCUUAUACUCGAAGUCCAGGAUGCAAUGAAAAAUGUUCAAGGAUGUGCUGCAAUUCCGAUCUCUUCACUGACUGAAAACCCUAAUGACAGAGUCCGUUGGUGGCCAAUCAAUCAUAAUGAACAUGACUGUGUGGGGAAAGUCUUACUUUCCAUCGGAAGCACAUUUACAAAUGAUGAAACCGUGCUUAUGAAGAGCGGUACUAUCGUAGAGACAUUAGCAUAUGAUCUACUGCUGGAGGCCGCCAUGAGGGCACAACAGUUUCAUGCACGAAAUCUACGUAUAUACAGGCCAUGGAAAUGGAUCCUCACAGAAUUUGCUGAUUAUUACGGAGUUUCCGACUCUUACACUAAACUAAGAUACCUCUCUUAUGUCAUGAACGUCGCAACUCCUACAAAAGAUUGCUUGGAACUUUUGCACGAGUUGCUCGUGCCUGUCAUUAAGGCGAGAAGCGAAAGAAAUUUGACAAGACAAGAAAAAAGUAUUUUGUUAGACUGCGAGAUGCAAGUCGAGAGACUUCUUGCAGAAGCAUUUCAGAAUUACAAGUCACUCGACGAAGACUCCCCAACAGGCUUAGCCAAUAUGUCAGCUCCGGUAUCAGAAACAGCAGCGCCAGCACUAGCUCCUGCAGUGCAAGUAUACACACUUCUACACGACAUUCUUUCUCAAGAUGCUCAGAUUAUGUUGAGAAAAUAUCUACAGAUGGCAGCAAUGAGAAGAUGUCGAAAGCACAUGAUGGAGACAGAUGAGUUCGUGUCCAGCAACUCUGAGGGGUAUGUCAUGGAUUCCGACACAAUCUCCAAAGCCUAUUUGAAGAUGAAAAAUCUCUGCAUCAACCUUACCAAUGAAAUUUGUAUCGACAUCAAGAUCCACGAGCAAAACAUUUUUCCCAGUUCAAUAGAUCUGUCUGCUGUCACCUCAGCAGUUUACAGCACGGAGUUGAGCGGGAGACUGAAAAGUUUUCUUGCUGCCUGGCCUCCAUCAUGUCCAACGCCUCAUGUGAAUGAACUUCUUGUUGCAAUGUCAGACUUCGAGAGAAAUUUGGAAUUUUGGAAUAUAAGUCCUGUCGAAGGCGGCAUUGACUCCAGAGAUUUGUACCACGGCUACAUCAUGGUUUGGAUACAGGACUUACAACUUACAUUACUCGAUCUUUGCAAAGCAGAGAAGGUUCCUUGGUCAGGUGUGUACACCAAAUUUUCAACCUCGCCCUUUGCUGAGGAAAUGUUUGAAAAGAUGACGAGAAUGCUUGGCGAAUAUGAAGUAGUGAUCAAUCGAUGGCCUCAGUAUACACUUAUUUUGGAGAAUGCUGCUGCAAAUAUAGAAAGGGCGAUCAUCAAAGCUUUGGAAAGGCAAUACCACGACAUUUUGACACCUCUCAAAGAUAGCAUCCCGAAAAAAAUUGGCAUGCAGGUCCAAAAAUUGGCUAGGAGACAAUCGACUGCGUAUUAUACAAUUCCCAGCCAGCUGGGGAUUUUUCUUAACACAAUGAAGAGAAUCCUGGACGUGCUGCAUUGUAGGAUCGAAGACAAAUUGAAGUCAUGGGCAUCUUACUUACCCUUGAAUGAAGACAGCAAAACUACUUUCGGAGAGCAAAUGAACACAACAACUGUUUUUCUGCGGACAAAAUAUAAGAACUACGUUCAAGCAAUAGUCGUCAAGCUCACCAACAAUAUGUUAGCAAACCGGAGCACCCGUCUUCAGAGGAUCUUGGAGGAUACAAAAGAAGCCGAUGGGGAAGCUCAGAUUCGCGAGCGAAUGCAGGUGCUAAGUACACAGCUCUCCGAAUGCAUCUCAAACUUGCACGAAUGUUUUACAAGCCAAAUAUUUGUCACGACAUGUCGUGCAUUCUGGGAUAAAAUGGGACAAAUUGUGCUGAAGUUUCUUGAAGGAAGAAAGGAGAACAGAGUGUGGUACACCGGAUCAUACCACGCCCUUGGAAUUCUGGACGAUAUAUAUGCAUCUCAGAUGCAGAGAUUGCUCGGGAAUGCCUUGCAAGAGAAGGAUCUGGAGCCUCCAAGAUCGAUCACUGAAGCUCGAUCCAUUUUGUCAAGAAACAGGAUGGAGUCAUCAUCAUACAUAUACUUUUAGGUAAUGCAAUCAAAAACCCCUUCUUGCUUUGUCGAUUCUACUUGUCUCUCUCUUAGCUGUCGCUGCCGUGCUCGUCGUUUAUGAGACAACCAGUUCUGUGUUUGAUAAUUUACAGUGCAAGUAGGCAUGAAAUAGAUUCAUUCAUAUAUAUGAUUAUAUUCUUUUUGUAUGUAGAAUGUUCAUUCUUUUAAAACAAUAAUGUUCAAAAUAAAAGUAUUUUGAUGUU